GGUCUGUAAGUCUCGUUCGCUUUCACUUUCGUUUUGUGACUUCCGGGUACAUGAGUCAUCAUGGUGUAUUGUUUUGCGUUUGGUUGUACCCACCGUACUGGCAGUAAACAAGAUUGCUCCUUGUUUCGAUUUCCACUAGAUGAAAAAGAAAGAAAAAAAUGGAUCGAAAGAUGUCGCCGGGCUGAUCGAGAGUACUGUACAAACGACAGAAUUUGUAGCUGUCACUUCCAGGACGGGAAAAAGGAGCUGGGGCCCACAAUUUUUUCCUACAGUAAGAACGUUGGAUACUUCCCAGAAAUAGAUACCCCCAAAAGACGAAAGCGGCAAAGAACUGUAGAUACCACAGUAACUUCACCAACGACUAGUGACGAAUCCAGUGUACACCCAGAUUUGUGUGUCCAUGAUCACAGCUAUGUGUUGCCUGAGCCUGGGGAUGGCUUAUCAACAGUUUUCAACUCUGAGGCCAAUUCAGAGGAGAAGGAUAAAGAAAUCCAGGAGCUCCGGAAAGAAUUAGAACUUCUAAAGUUGAGAAAACCGGUCAUGUCGAUAGGGAAUAUCAUCAGUGAUCCAGAAAAGAUGCUGCUUUAUACAUCAUUCCCUGCUGAGGUGUUCAACAUAUUAGCUAAGCUUAUGGAAAGAAUGGGUCCUUUUACAUACUAUGCGGGAUGGAGUGUUAAAGGCUUUAGCGUCGCUGACCAGCUCCUUGUGACUCUGAUGAAAUUAAGACUAAACUGUAGAGAUCUUGAUCUUGCAGAUCGUUUUGGCACGAGCAGAGCAACAAUUUCUAACAUCGUUAAUACGUAUGUAUGUGCUCUUCAUGAAACAUUGUUUAAAGGAGUAAUGAAAGCAGUUGGCAUUCCCAGUCAGGUAAAAUGUCAAGGAUCGAUGCCCAGAUCGUUUGAAGAUUUUUCAGGUGCACGCAUAGCAAUGGAUGCAACAGAGGUCACCCAAGAUGUUCCAUCAGACCUUAACAGUCAGUCACUGUCUUUUAGUAAUUACAAGAGUCGCCACACAGUGAAGGCAGUUACUUGUGUAGCCCCAAAUGGUGCUUUAGUUUACUGCUCUGACCUCUACCCGGGAUCAACUUCAGAUGCAGCUAUAGUUGACCAUUGUAAUGUUCUGAAUAUGCUUCAGCCUGGUGACAUGAUUCUAGCAGACAAGGGGUUUAAUGUAUUCGACAAACUUCCAGCAGGUGUAACUCUUAACAUACCACCAUUUUUAUCAAAUAAAUGUCAUUUCACUAAAGAGGAGGCAGAGCUAUGCUACAAGAUUGGAAGGAGCAGAAUACAUGUUGAACGUGCGAAUGAAAGGAUCAAGAAUUACGAUAUAAUUGAUCAUAUUCCCUCCCAAUACCGACACUUGUCAACUAAAAUAUUUCAGGUUUGUGUUGUUCUUGUUAACUUGCAGGCCCCCCUUUUAAAGGAAAUAGCUGACAAGUAUGAAAUUGAAUAAGCAUCCAUUGAAUUCUAGCUUUGAUGAUUAAUUCCAAGUUUAACGUCACCUACAAACUUCAAAACCUACAAGGACAGGUGGAAAAAAUUCAACAAAAUUUCAAACAAACAGGUCUUCACACAUCUACAUGAAUUAAAAUACUGUAAAUAUUUGUUAUCAUGUACAGGCUUUUUGUUAAAUAAUCAAUUCAGUAAACCUGUAUCUUUAAAUGAGAGAUUGAUUAGACUCAGCUCAAAUAUACCUCAAAGAGGGUCUAAAUAUUGUCCAAUUCUGUAUAAUGUAGUUUUUAGGUGCUAAGGCUAUGAAAUUCACUAAUUUGAUAGAAGAGUCAAUGUUUAUUACAAUCAUGCCAACAGUUUGACUGCUUGAUGUCCAGGAGUAAAGAAGAAAAUGUUUAAAGUUUGCAUUAAAUUAAUUUUAGUGGUUUUGGCCCCAUCCCUCAGACCCAAAAGGGGGGGGGGGGUGCAAGGACCAUGAAAUUCACAAUUUUUGUUCCCCUUCAACCAUAGAUGCUCUAUGCUAAAAUUGGUUGAGCGUUUUAGAGAAGUUGAAAAUGUUCAAAUGUUAACGCAGGACGACAGAUAAAACAGAUAACAAUAGCUAGGUCACCUGAGUGACUCAGGUGACAUAAAGAUGUGGACUUGUUUGUUUUUUCAAAGUGCCAAUUUCUCCGAAACCUAGGCGCACGGGUGACGUUAAACAUAGAAUUAACUUUAGACAGACUUCAUGUUAAAUCCUAAGAGGCCUUGAUAUUCACCUAGUAUAUUAUGAGUUUCUAAAUGUUCUAUGGCUAUUAGAUUAGACAUACGAUAUAAAUACAAAGGUAGUAUUUAUAUAGUUGAACUUUGGUGUUUCUAAAACCAUGCAUUCUUUAAGUAUUUUAUCUCAA